AUGGAUAUUAGUAAUUAUACGUGGGUUAAUUCAUUUGAAAUUACAAAUGCAAAUGUAACGAAUUCUGAUCAAUUAUCAACACCACAAUUAUCGCCAACUAUUAUUGUUACAAAUAACUCUAAUAAUAUAUUAAUGAAGAAACAUACUUUACCUGGAAAUGUUGUUGAGCAUAAUAGUAUUAUACUUUUAAUAUUUAAUUAA